CCGGCCUUUCUCUUCCUCCCUCGGCCGAUCAUCCCGUUCGCCGGCCAUCAUCAGUGCCACCCUCCACGCCUGCCCCCCUCCCACUUCCCUCUUCUUUUACACUCACCACCAUCGGGCGCCGCUACUUAACACACCUCGCACAACCCUACCUACCUUCGUCUUGCCACCAUCACGCCACUCCCACCCCCACUAUACCGACGUGCAGUAGUAACGCACGUUGCUAUCCACCGCAGGCAACUCGUUCUGCUAUAAGCCUAUAAUUCAUGGGCUUCGACCUCGGCCAACUCGACCUCCUGUCUCCCCAGCUCCCUCCCGUCCGGACGUCUGCCGCCCCCGCCACCGCAGAGGAUGGGUGUGCUACACCGAAGUUGGCCGCUAAUGUGCUGCCGGCGCCUCUGGUGUGCCCACCGGCCCCGAGGAAACCGAGGCCGGCGCGGGCCAAGAGAAGAAAGCACAGCUGCUGCCGCAGGCCGGCCACAGUGCCGGUGCAGGCCGAGCGGUACUACUGGAUCGUCGCCGUGCCACACGACCUGGCCAACAUGUUCGUCGCGCGGCCGUCCUCGCCGUCGAGCUCGACCGGGGUCUCUAUUUGCCGGCCACCGGCAGGCAAGAAGAUCCGCUUGCACGUCCUGGGCUGACAGUGACACGGAUGGAUGCAUGCAUGCAGCUCUUGCUUCACCGUUGCUACAAGAGAGAAUCGGCCUAAACUGCACUGUGUAGCAAUAGCUAGUCUAGUACUUCAGUUUGCUUAAUUAGCCCAGUCUAUGUCUAUCUUAGUUUAGUCUAGCUAGCUCCUUGGGGCCUUGGGGGUUCGAAUAACCAAAGUGUACAUGUGACAUGUAGUAGUUGAUUAAUUCCCCCAUAGCUUGCUAAUUGUUCAGCGAAGUGAUGGACUAUUCAGUGGUGGAGAGUUACACAAGCCCAUGAUUUUGCUGCAACUUAACUAAGGAAUUGUUCAUG